AUGUUCAAGAAAUUCAACCCAAAAGAGGAUGUGUCCUCCUCGACCUCGCUCAAAUCCUCCGUCCAGCGUAAUAUCCGAUCAUCUCUCUUAGCUCAAAUCCCAUUCCUCACUCAGCCAGCUUACCGCGAUCCAUCUACCGUCUCUACUUCCGCUCCUACAGAGAGUGAAGCGGCUCCAGCGCCAGCGCCAGAAGCUGAGGAAGAGAGUGCGGGAGGUAAGAAGGGCGGAAAGAAGGGUGGAAAAGGUAAAGGAAAGGGAGGCAAGGGUAAAGACAAAGAAGAUAAGGAGGCUAAAGAAGAUAAAGAGGAUGGAGAAGGAGAGGCCAAUUUGAGCGUGAUAGAUGAAAUUUGGCCGAAGAAAGAGGCUUUGGGUUUGACCAAAUGUCACGAUCGAAUUAGUAUAUUCACUGUACAGACUGUUCCACUGUUCUUCCAGCAUUUCGAUGGACCGUUCGUACCUACCCUCAAGCUGUUACACAAAUAUCCUGAAAUGCUACCGCACGUUCAGAUAGAUAGAGGAGCUAUCAAAUUCUUACUUGCUGGCGCAAACAUGAUGGCUCCUGGUCUGUUAUCAGCAGGAGGUAAAUUACCAGACGGUCUACCGAAAGAUGAGAUAGUAGCGAUCCACGCGGAGGGUAAAGAACAUGCUUGCGGUAUAGGGAAAUUGGUAGCUUCAAGUGAGGAGAUUAAGAAAGCUGGAAAAGGAGUUGCGGUUGAGGUCAUCUGUUGGAUUGGUGACGAUCUAUGGAAGGUGGAUACUAUCGGAUUAUGA